AACUGAAAGCUCCUCAGCCGGGCAGGUAAAGUCGGUUUAUUAGACACUCACAAAAUUUUGAAUUCCGCCAGUAAAAUAAACGCAUUAGACCUGUCGAGAUGUCAAUCGAAAAUAGUACAUUCGGUGCUGUCGUCCAUCAGUUUAACGAUUUUAGUUUCGGUACUGUCGAUUAUGCCGUUUUCGUGUUGAUGUUAAGUAUUUCACUACUUAUUGGUGUUUAUUUCGGCUUUUUCGGACAUGGGGCGGAUAAUACCGAGGAAUAUUUGCUUGGCGGUAAAAGAAUGAAAACAAUUCCGAUUGCGUUUUCACUUGUAGCAAGUCAAUUAUCGGCGGCUUCGAUGACGGCAAUUCCUGCUGAAAUGUACUCGUUUGGCUUUAACUGGUUUUUCAAUUUGGUCUCUUUGUUUUUAACAAUACCGAUGCUCUGUUGGAUCAUAAUUCCUGUAUUUUAUAACAAUAACCUAUCCAACUGUUAUGAGUAUUUGGAAUUACGUUUCAAUCGCAACACCCGCAAUCUAAUGACGUUCGCUUUCAUGCUUACUCUCUUUUUAAUGAUGCCGGUUUUCAUAUUUAUACCGUCCCUCGCAUUCGCACAAGUAACCGGAAUUAAUAUACAUUGGAUAAAUACCUUUAUUUGCUCAAUCUGCGUUAUUUACACAAUGUUGGGUGGAAUCAAAGCUGUUGUAUGGACUGAUGUGGUCCAGGGUGCAAUAAUGAUUGGAUCCGUGGCGCUCUUCUGUUUUUUGGGAGCACAGAAAGUUGGAGGAUUUAGCGAAGUAAUCAAUAGAGCAGCUAUGGGCGGUCGUUUGAAUGUUGACUUCACUUUUGAUGCCAAAACUCGAAUAACCUUUUGGAAUACCACCAUUAGUGGCUUCUUUUUGUGGACGGCCUAUGUGGGUUUAAACCAGAGCUGUGUACAGCGAGUCGUUGCGCUACCAUCGAUUGAUCAUGUGAGACGUUCGUUGAUUCUUUUUGGACUUGGUGUCUUAGUAAUAGUAGGCCUGAAUUGUUUUGUUGGCAUAACGAUGUAUGCACUAUACUACGAUUGCGAUCCGCUCACCAGUGGUUACGUGCAGAAACAGGAUAAAAUGAUGCCGUUUUUUGUACAGGAUAUAGCCGGUCAUCUUAAGGGUAUGCCGGGCAUUUUUAUCUCUAGCGUCUUCAGUGCGGCAUUGAGUACCAUGUCCGCUAGCUUGAACGCUUUAGCUGGUGUCGUAUAUUUGGAUUACAUCAAACCUCGUAUAAAGCACACUGAGAAGAAAGCUAACUUCAUAAUGCGCGGAUUUAUUUGUGUCUGUGGUAUAUACAGUAUUAUUGCCGGUGUCAUAGUGGAGAAAUUCUCUUCGAUAUUACAAGUGAUAUAUUCAAUUAGUGGCAUAACAUUGGGAUCGGUGUUUGGAGUUUAUCUGUUGGGCAUGUUGAUACCGCGUGCACACGCCAAAGCCGCCUUCUGGUCGGUGCUGGCAAGCAUGACAUCGAUGAUUGUAAUUGUUGUGGGUGCACAAGGACGUCUAAAAUAUAUUGCUUUACCUUCCUCGGUGGAAAAUUGUCCUGCAGCAAAUACUAGUGAAACAUUUUUGUUUAAUACUACAUCAACAACCGUCAAUCUACCAACUUCAUCAGCAAGCGAUAGUUUUAACAUUUUUGAUAUUUCUUUCAAUUGGUACGUUACUGUGGGCAAUCUAAUUGUUUUUCUUGUCGCCCUACCACUCAGUUAUAUUUUGCCCGCUGAGAAGGAUUUCAAAUUAGAUUUAAAGCUUUUAUCGCCUGUGGUGCAUCCAUUUUACAAAUAUAAAUUAACGCAUACGGAAGAACUACCUGAGAUGCAGAAAGUGGUUUUCAAAGAGAAGUUAAAAAUGUCUACCACCACUACUAUUGCUGCCGAGAUUACGAAGAAUAUGGCAGCCACAACCGCUGCAUCUCUGCCGUCUGGUCGAAAUUUCACUUUCGGUGGCGUGGAUUAUGUUGUCUUCAUUUUGAUGUUGGCCUCUUCUGCCGCUGUUGGUAUAUACUUUGGUUUCUUUUCAAAGUCGAAAAAUACCACAGAUGAGUAUCUUAUGGGGGGCAAGCAAAUGAAAGUCAUACCAAUUGCUAUAUCUUUGAUCGCAAGUCAGUUAUCAGCCCUAUCCAUAACAGCAGUUCCUGCCGAGAGCUAUUCCUUUGGUAUAAAUCAGUUCUUCAUCAUAGUAUCCAUGGUUUUCGUGGCUCCACUACUAUGCUACAUUAUUAUACCAGUCUUCUAUGAAAACAACAUUUUCAAUUGUUAUGAGUAUUUGGAAAUGCGUUUCAACAAACGCACUCGACAGCUGAUUACAUUUACAUUUAUUUUAAAUGCCUUUCUGUUAUUACCAGUAAUUAUAUUCAUUCCCGCAUUGGCUUUUGCGCAAGUGACUGGCUUGAAUAUACACGUUGUCAAUGGUGUUGUGUGCUCGAUUUGUGUUUUCUACACAAUGUUAGGUGGCAUUAAAGCUGUUGUGUGGACUGAUGUGCUGCAGGGCGGCAUUGUGCUUUCAUCUGUGAUAUUAGUGGGCAUUUUAGGCACCAUAAAGACCGGAGGAGUCAGUAAAGUUUUUGAAUAUGCUACUGAAGGUGGACGUUUGGAUUUAAACUUAUCACUCGAUCCACGCAUGCGUAUCACGGUCUGGAAUUCACUCAUAUGUGGUGUUAUGAUGUGGACCGGUCAUGUGGGUUUAAAUCAGAGCUGCGUGCAACGUAUUGUCUCACUGCCUUCCCUGAAGCAUGCUCAAAAUGCGCUCUGGUUAACUUGCAUUGGCUUCUUAGCCGUAAUGACCAUAAAUUGUUUCAUUGGCAUUGUGAUGUAUUCUUACUAUCAUGACUGUGAUCCCAUCAAAGCAGGGUUGGUCAAUAAGCCUGAUAAAAUGGUGCCGUUUUUUGUUCAAGAUAUCAUGGGGCAUCUAAUUGGUAUGCCUGGUUUAUUUAUAUCUUGCGUCUUCAGCGCCGCACUCAGCUCCAUGUCCGCCAUGUUGAACUCCCUGGCCGGUGUGGUGUAUUUCGAUUAUAUUAAGCCCCAUAUUAAGAAAUACCGCUCGGAUGAACGUGCGAAUUUCAUAAUGAAGCUCAUUAUUAUCGCAAUGGGUUGCUAUUGUGUCGUUGGUGGUAUGAUAGUAGAACGUUUCGAUUCCAUACUACAGCUGGUAAUAACAAUUACUGGUAUCAAUACCGGUUCCGUAGUCGGUGUUUUUUUGCUGGGCAUGCUUGUACCCCGCACUAACGGCAAGGUGGCCGUGGCUUCGAUUAUUUUCAGCAUUUUAAGCAUGUUUUGGAUUAUCAUUAAUGGUCAGAUUCGUGCUAGAGAAGGCGCUAUUCGUUACACACCGCUACCCUCAAAUAUUGAAGGAUGUCUAGCACACAAUUUACAAGUCUUGGCUAAACCUAUUUCGAACGUUACGAACGAGGGAGUAGAGGAGCCAAAGGUCACCACAGCUUUUGGUAGUAAUCGUGAAUUUUCGAUUUACGAAAUAUCCUUUUAUUGGUACAAAGUUGUUGGAGUUUUACUUGUCUGGCUAUUGGCCAUACCGCUAAGCUAUAUUUGGCGGCGAGAUGAAACCGAUAAAAUUGAUCCACAUCUUUUCUCACCAUUCGUACGGCGUUUCUUAAAAGGAAGUUCACCUGUGGAAAUGGAAGAGUUCCCUCUAAAAACACCCACUGCAGCAGAAGAGAGGGAAACCAAUGGCGGUACAACAAUUCUGAUGCAGGAAAAAUUCGAAAAUAGCAAUUAAUAAAACCAAAUAGUAUAAUUAAUUAAAUAAAAAA